GCAGCAAUCGCCCUACAUUUCAAUGGUCACAUCAGCAGACAGAUAAUCAGUGAGAUAAAGAAUCACAUCUUCCACGCCAGCUUGGCCAGGGUGCGGCAGGUGAAGGGGUGUGUGUGUGUAUAAGUGGAGGGCACUGGGGCAUUCCCAGUCCCACAGUUUCCCAGUGCCUCAUCCACACCGGACAAGCCUGCAGCCAUGGCGUUCAACGGAACCUGGAAGGUUGACCACAGCGAGAACUAUGACAAGUUUAUGGAGCAGCUGGGCAUCAAUGUGAUGAAACGGAAGCUGGCCGAACACGACAACCUAAAGGUCAUCAUUGAGCAAACUGGAGACAAGUUCCACAUCAAGGAGUCGAGCACGUUCCGCACCAAAGAGAUCGACUUCACCCUGGCCGUCCCGUUUGACUACACCAUGGCUGAUGGCACAGAACUCUCAGGAACAUGGGAGUUGGAUGGUGACGUUCUUAAAGGCAAAUUCAACCGGAAAGACAACAACAAGGUUUUGACCACCACGAGGGCUCUGGUGGGUGGGGACCUUGUGCAGAGUUACAACUACGAAGGCGUGGAUGCAAAGAGGAUUUUCAAGAAGCAAUAACCUCCUAUUUCAUAUUUUUAUAUAGAUGACACAAAGUGUUUGUAUUCUAACUACAGGGCAUAGCCAAGUCAAGUGUAUUCUGAAAAUGUUUAAAUAAAUUUACCUCAUAAAGUUGUUUUUAUGUGUAAACCAGAGGAAAGGUUCGUUUUUAGUUUUGGUCCCGUCUCUUCUAAUAUUUUACAUUUUCCACAGCAUCUUCUGGGUCAUUUUGAAUAAAAUAAGCCACAGUUCCCCUGCCUGCCAUGAAUGCUGUAUUUUUAAAAAGUGUGGCAGCGUCUUUAUUUAGUUGAAAGAAUUUUACUCCUGCAAAGAAAAAUCAAUGGAAGAAAUUGUCAAAGCAUUUUUUGGGGGAACUUAAAGGCGUUGGUACAUGUUGUUUGGUCUGAACAAACCAGCUAACCGGUGCAGUCAGUCUGUAAAAGAGAAAUGCUUCAUGUUUCUGGGUGAACAAACCUAACUCCUGGAACUCAACCAGCAGGAGUUUAAGUCUUUCUGCACUAAUAAAGGAGCUUUAUAGUGUC